CACAAAAUCAUUAGAACACAGAGUAACUGCAUCAUGGAAAAUCUGGACUCUACAAUCAAUAGCACCGAGAACAGCCGUUUUUCCGCACUUUAUGGCGGAUUGAUCAAGGAGAUAGCUGCUAAUUCGAAAAUGUCGACACUGGACAUUACCUGUUUACUCUGCGUCUACUACAAGUUCGUCAAGUUCAACGGUCCGGGGGCCAAGCAGAUGAAAAAGAAUCAGUUCUACCAGAUCUACCUGGUCCUUUUCAACGUGGCCAAUGUCCAGGUGAUCGAACGCAGCCUUCUGGCCAUCACGAAGGAUACGAAGUAUGUUAGUCCCCAGGCCUGGGUUGAGCUCUUCGAGCUUUAUACAACAGAAGAUCUGGAAAGGCGCAUGCGAUUCGCCUUUGAAGUGUAUGACACUAAGAACACCGGUGUUAUUGAUCGCGAACAGGUAGGCGUGGCAUGCGAGAAAUUCUUUAUUGAAGGCGACGACGAGGAUGAACUCAUUGAACUGCGGGCGGAUAUGACUGAGUUUAUCAUGAAGAAAUUUGAUGUGGACAAGGAUGGGGUCAUUUCCUUCGAGGACUACUCUUCAGUUGUCUCCCAACAGCCUGUUUUGGUUGAGUUCUUGGGCUGGCUGUUUCCGUCCAACGAAGAGAAGGAUGUCAUGGCCCAUGCUAUCAACAUUGACUCCAUGCUUAGUUAUUGUAACCCUGAGUUAUAAUAGAGUGGCUUUUCUUGCAAAAACAUCCAGUUUUUAUAA